GACCGCGGGCGGAGUGAUUACGAUGGCGGCGUCGGCGCCCGCGGGGACAGAGGCGGCUUCGGCAGACUCGAGGGCGGGGCCCACCCCCGCUGGGGCGACAGGUCGGAGGACGAAGACUGGUCCAAGCCCCUCCCGCCGAGCGAGCGCUUGGAGCAGGAGCUCUUUUCCGGCGGCAACACGGGCAUCAACUUCGAGAAGUACGACGACAUUCCCGUCGAGGCCACCGGCCACCGCUGCCCUCCGCGCAUCGAAAGCUUCAGCGACGUGGACAUGGGCGAGAUCAUCAUGGGGAACAUCGAGCUGACGCGCUACACUCGCCCGACCCCGGUGCAGAAGCACGCCAUUCCUAUCAUCCGAGACAAAAGAGACCUGAUGGCCUGCGCCCAGACGGGCUCCGGGAAGACGGCCGCCUUCCUCUUGCCCAUCCUGAGUCAGAUUUUCGCCGACGGCCCCGGCGAGGCGCUGCGGGCCCUGAGGGAGAACGAAAGGUUCGGGCGCCGCAAGCAGUACCCGAUCUCCUUGGUCUUAGCCCCCACGAGGGAGCUGGCAGUGCAGAUCUAUGAGGAGGCCAGGAAGUUUUCGUACCGGUCCAGAGUGCGUCCUUGCGUGGUUUACGGCGGGGCUGACAUCGGCCAGCAGAUCCGAAACUUGGAACGCGGAUGCCACUUGCUGGUCGCCACGCCCGGACGGCUGGUGGAUAUGAUGGAAAGAGGAAAGAUCGGACUCGACUUUUGCAAAUACUUGGUGUUAGACGAAGCCGACCGGAUGCUGGACAUGGGGUUCGAACCUCAGAUACGUAGGAUAGUGGAACAAGAUACCAUGCCUCCCAAGGGUGUCCGCCACACUAUGAUGUUUAGUGCUACUUUUCCUAAGGAAAUACAGAUCCUCGCUUGUGAUUUCCUGGAUGAAUAUAUCUUUUUGGCUGUAGGAAGAGUCGGGUCCACCUCUGAGAACAUCACACAAAAAGUAGUUUGGGUGGAGGAAGCCGACAAACGGUCGUUUCUGCUUGACCUUCUGAACGCAACGGGCAAGGAUUCACUGACCUUAGUGUUUGUGGAGACCAAAAGGGGUGCAGAUUCUCUGGAAGAUUUCUUAUACCGUGAAGGAUAUGCUUGUAACAGUAUCCAUGGAGACCGAUCUCAGCGAGAUAGGGAAAAGGCCCUUCAUCAGUUCCGCUCUGGAAAAAGCCCCAUUCUGGUGGCUACUGCAGUCGCAGCAAGAGGACUGGACAUUUCAAAUGUGAAACAUGUUAUCAAUUUUGACUUGCCAAGUGAUAUUGAAGAAUACGUACAUCGCAUUGGCCGUACAGGACGUGUAGGAAACCUUGGCUUGGCCACUUCAUUCUUUAACGAGAGGAACAUGAAUAUUACUAAGGAUUUGUUGGAUCUUCUUACCGAAGCUAAACAAGAAGUGCCAUCCUGGUUAGAAAACAUGGCUUAUGAACAACACCACAAGGGUAGCAGUCGUGGACGUUCAAAGACUAGUAGAUUUAGUGGAGGAUUUGCUGCCAGAGACUACAGACAAAGCAGUGGUGCCAGCACUUCCACCUUUAGCAACAGCCUCAUGACCAGCAGCCGCAGUGGUGGAGGUGGCCACAGCAGCAGCCGAGGAUUUGGUGGAGGGAGCUAUGGAGGCUUUUACCACAGUGAUGGAUAUGGUGGAAAUUACAACUCCCAAGCAGUUGACUGGUGGGGAAACUGA